AGUGGGCUCAUAUGUUACUAUGCUGGUUCCGGGGUGCCGCUACCGUCAGACUCAGUACGCUUUCUGUCGCCGAGAGAAGCGGAGGGAUGUUCGGCCUGCCAGUACCGGCUCACGGAAGGAACUGAAUUGUCCGGCACAUCAACAUUAUCCAGGAGCAAACUGUAACAAUGCAUGGCCUGUAAACCACCAAACAUGUCUCAAAGGAAGAGGCCAGGAGCCCACUGUGUGGUUCCUCCAGUCUCCAGCUCCUGUCCUUCAGCUCAUCCUACAGAAUCUAAUAAUUUGAAAGCAGUCCAUCCUCGGCAGCGGCCAACCCGCUACCCCAAGGAAUCACGUGCACCAAAGCCCCUUCCCCGUACCUGUAAGGCACAAUAUUCCUCUCACAAGUGUGAGGAUGAGGUUCCCAACAGCUGUCCAGAAGUGGAUGCGGAUGCUGAUGUUGAACUGAAGCGAUAUGGCAAUCAAGCAGAUGUAGAAAUAGAGGCCCAGAGACCUGCAACACCCUCAGCGCCUGACCAUAAGCAUGAGCAAGAUAACCACAGCCAGGCGGACUUUCAUGAUGGAGCUGACAGCCUGGAUGAUGACUCUUGCUCUGACUACAUUAACAAUACAUCAGAGGAUGAGGAAGACUAUGAUGACGGGCUGGCAGAGGAGGAUGAAGGUGUUACUUACUACAUCCGGUACUGUCCCGAGGAUGAGAGCUACAUGGAAGGUAUGGACUGCAGCAGCCAAGGAGACUGCAAACAUGGUCACGAGCGGGCCUGUAUUAUGCAGCCAAGUGAAGGUCACACCGAGUGCCAGGAGCCAGUUGAAGGGUGGACUGAAGAGGGCGAGGCAGAGGUGAGAGAGGAGGAGUGGGCUGAAGAUGAAGAAGAAGAAGAAGACGAAGAAAGUGCAACCAAGGAAGAGUGGAGAGAAGAGGAGGAAGGCAUGAGAGAGGCCUGGAGGGAAGGAGAUGAAGAAGGUGGCGAGGAAUGGCGCGAGGAGAACGCAGCCAGGCAAGAGCACUGGGCCGUUGGUAGUGAGAGGCACAGAGUGGAGGAGUGGGCUGAGGGUGAGGGGGAGGUACGCUGUGAGGUGGUGGAGCAAGAUCCAGACGAACAGAUAUACAAUGGACGACCAGAACCAAUCCUGGACCAUAACCAUCACAAUCUCCACCAGCAACAACCUGCCAUGCAGGACGCCUCACACACGUGUCCGCCUGAGGAGGAUGACGAGGACGAUGCAGAAAGCGAGGAGUAUUGCCCAAAUGAGGAAGGAGAUGAGGAAGGAGAUGAACAUGAGACACAUGAACGGGCCUAUAGUGGAGACUACUAUGCCCCAGAGGACAAUGGCAACUCUAUGCACGUCUCUCCCUUCCGAGGCCGGAAGGUGUUAGUGGUUGAGAGGGAGACGGGCGAGGAAGCGGAGGAGGACAUUGACCAAAUAGUUGCUGAGAUCAAGAUGAGUAUGAGCAUGGGGAGCCUGAGUAGUGGCACUGAUCAAAGUCCAGAAGAACUGGCGCAGGACCCACCCACAGGUGACUACAUUCACGCCAAGCCCAACACAACCACCUACCCGCUAGCUCACCAUCGCCAUGACAGCCGACCCAAGUCCCUCAACCUGCCUUCUGUGCAUCAUAACAACCCAGACCUCCAGAGGGGCCUCAAGAUCCAACCACAUUCCCCAGAAGAUCAACAGAGAUGGCAACAGGAGCAGGUGAACAAUGGUGCUGAGGAGCCCAGAAAACAGCAGCGCUCUGACCUGAAUGUUCCCCUGGAGAACAACAACGUACCAGAUACGACCAAAAAAGUUGCGUCGUUCCCCAGCUUUGUUGACGUCCCAGGACCCUGCGAGCCAGAAGAUCUGAUUGAUGGAAUCAUCUUUGCUGCUAACUACCUGGGCUCCACUCAGCUGCUAUCUGAAAGGAACCCUUCCAAAAACAUCCGCAUGAUGCAAGCUCAGGAGGCAGUAAGCAGGGUUAAGAGGGUACAGAAGGCUGCCAAAAUCAAGAAAAAAGCGAGCCAAGAUGGAGACGCUCAAACCCUCACUGAAGUUGAUUUAUUCAUCUCCACUCAAAGGAUCAAGGUCCUCAAUGCAGACUCACAAGAAACAAUGAUGGACAACGCAUUGCGCACCAUUUCCUACAUCGCUGAUAUUGGAAACAUUGUGGUACUAAUGGCGAGACGUCGAAUGUCGCGUACAGCUUCUCAAGAUUGCAUCGAAACCACACCCGGGGCACCUGAGACAAAAAAGCAGUACAAAAUGAUAUGCCACGUCUUUGAGUCUGAGGAUGCUCAGCUCAUCGCCCAGUCCAUCGGCCAGGCUUUCAGUGUUGCUUAUCAGGAAUUCUUGAGAGCAAAUGGAAUCAACCCAGAGGACCUUAGUCAAAAGGAGUACAGUGACAUCAUCAACACACAGGAGAUGUACAAUGAUGAUCUCAUUCACUUUUCCAAUUCUGAAAACUGCAAAGAGCUGCAGCUGGAGAAGAGCAAAGGUGAGAUCCUCGGUGUGGUGAUUGUGGAGUCCGGCUGGGGCUCCAUCCUGCCUACUGUCAUUUUAGCCAACAUGAUGAACGGCGGUCCUGCGGCACGCUCGGGCAAGCUCAGCAUCGGAGACCAGAUCAUGUCCAUCAACAACACCAGCCUGGUUGGGCUGCCACUCGCUACCUGUCAGGGAAUCAUCAAGGGCUUAAAGAAUCAGGUUCAGGUGAAAAUGAACAUAGUCAGCUGCCCUCCUGUUACCACUGUCCUCAUCAAGAGACCUGACCUCAAGUACCAGCUGGGAUUCAGUGUGCAGAAUGGAAUUAUUUGCAGUCUAAUGCGGGGAGGCAUCGCAGAGCGAGGAGGGGUCCGGGUGGGCCACAGGAUCAUUGAGAUCAAUGGGCAGAGUGUUGUGGCCACAGCGCAUGAGAAGAUUGUCCAGGCACUCUCAAACUCUGUUGGAGAGAUUCACAUGAAGACUAUGCCUGCAGCCAUGUUCCGACUCCUCACAGGCCAGGAGACGCCGAUGUACUUAUAAAGUGAUGAACAGACUGCUUGUCUAUAAAAUCAUGGACAAAAUCAAAUAUUGAUUAUUUUUUCCCAUCUUGUCUUCAUUGUAUGACACUUGCAACAGCCAUUUUGUUUUUUCGAUUCCCAUCUGAAGAGAUUGUGUGAAUGUUUUUUUUUUUCUCCAUUUAUUGGUCUUGUCUGUAAUCUUGUUUCCCUUCAAUGAGAUGAAAAUACUUAUUGGUACUGAGUGAAGGCCUCACGUUGGUUUUAUAUUCUUACACAGGAUGCAAUAUGUUCAACUGUUCCUAAUGAUUAUGUAAAUGUUUUUCAUUGAUUUUUUAUAAACAGUCUAUGCAAAAGGUACUCAUAAAAAAAAAAAAAAAAAAAGGAAUCUACUGUUAGAGUCGUUACCAGAGCUCUGAGGAACUGUGAUGUCAUUUUCAAUGGUCAGCAGUGGCAAAAUGGCCACCUCCUGAGAUGGAUAACAAAAACAGUGGAUUAUGUCACCUAAUGAGUUUUUCACGAACGGAAUAUUAAUCAUAAUACUGUCGUUACACUAGUGAGGCUUUUUUGUUUACUUCCCUUUUAAGGAAAAGAUCUGAGGGCACAAUGAAGUAGGAAAAGAUCUACAUGGUUGAAAGGCACAUCCAAACAGCAGAUCUCAUCGGAGAGGCUCUUCUGACAUCUGGAAAGAAAUUCAAGCAGAAGCUUUCCAAAAACUCACGUUAGUUUGGAGGAGCCCAAUAAAUUGAAGAAUUGCCAAGCUGCCAUCAAAUAAGUGGUCUUGUGAUUAAAUGUACCUUGACCUGUUAAGAUGUUUUAGGUUGAAAAAUCUUUUGAUUUCAGCAAACACUAAUACUCCAACAGUUGAUGAGUUGAAAAUGAAGCUGCGUUCCAUUUGCAUAGACCAUUGAUAAAAAUCAGAAAAACAUGUAUACAUCUUGUAUAGAUUUCAUUUCCAGCUUGUUAUUUAUUGCCCAGAUUAAUGCUCUGUUAAAAGUGUGACAGCAAAUGUGUGAGGAGUUUUAAUGUAAAUAGUUUUGGGAGACACAAGACAAGUAUGGCAAGAACACCAGAUGAUUGUCAGGUCAGUUUAAGCAGAGAUGUUUGUGUUGGAAAUAAUUUUCAUUUAAAUAUGUUAUGUUAAUAUAAUAUACAUGUGAAUGAAACUACCCAGGGUGAAAUUCCAUAUAGUGUAUUUGGUUGAACAGUAUGGCAAUACAGUUCACACUCAAAGCUGAAGACUUUUCUAUAGCUCAUGUAGAAACACAUACAUUUAAAUAACAAUAACAAAACCAGCAAGAUCCAUCAAUUAUGCUUUUGAUAUUAGUUACUGGUAUGGAAAAAAUGGUUUCUUCUGUCUGCAUCCUGUCGAGUGUGUUGAUCUUUGGUGUUCCUGACUGAAACUCAUGUAAACGAUGAGUGGAUUGUGAAUGUAAUGUGUUGUGUGAGCUGCCCCAUUGCCAUACCAAGUAUUAGAAUGUCUGUACAUAAAAAGAAACGUGUCUAGUAUUGUGCUUAUCAUCUAAAGAGAAAACAGUGAAACGCCACGGUUUAAUCACUGCAAACAUCAUCCCCCACUUGAACGUUGGCUUUGGAUCCUGGGAGUGAAAGACCAAACUGAAUGACACUGUGACAGUAAAAGCCUUACAACAGAGUAACGCUUUUAACAUUGCACUGUAUUCCGUUCAACCACAUGAACAUUAUUGCUGUGCAUGCCUCGUAAUGUAUGUAGUAUCAUGUCAUUGUGGCAGGAUAAUAAAAUCAGCUAAACUUGG